AGGUACGUCAUCAGUACGCGCGUGUGUGACGUCAGUCGCCAGCGACGCCUAUUUUGUAAACAUCCGCUUGUAGCAUUUUCAAUGCGAGGACAACAUGGAUAAUCUCGUCAAGGUUCAUGGCGGUGGUGCUGACUACAAUUCAGAUUUCAGUGAUGAUGAGGGACAAGGAGAGUCCUCAGAGAACAGACUUAAACGGAAACAUGAGGAGGAAAUUUUACGGAAGCCUUUCCAAAAAAGUCAACACUCUCAGGUGGCUCACCGCAGUUUUCAUACCAACGAACGGGACAGAGAGGAAGCCAGAAAUAGAAGAGCCCAUCUGAUAUCACUGAAUGCUUUUGAACGACAUAAGAAGUUUGUCGGCGAUUACAUACUUUAUUAUGGAGGACACAUGGUCGACUUUAAACGUUCUUUGGAAAAAGAUAAAACCGACUCGGAUGUCCUGCGGGAGAACCAUCGCUUCCUUUGGCGGGACGAGGACGAGGAGGACAUGACGUGGGAAAAAGAAUUGGCGAAAAAGUAUUAUGACAAACUUUUUAAGGAAUACUGCAUAGCUGAUCUCAGUCGAUACAAGGAAAACAAGUUUGGAUUCCGUUGGCGGACAGAAAGCGAGGUUGUGUCGGGCAAAGGUCAGUUCCAGUGUGGACACAAACGCUGCGAGAAGCAGGAAGGCCUCAAAAGCUGGGAGGUGAAUUUUGCAUAUGUGGAACAAGGCGAGAAGAGGAACGCAUUGGUCAAACUCAGACUUUGCCCUGAGUGUUCUUUCAAGCUCAACUACCACCACAAACGCAAGGAGGUGAAAGCCAAGAAGAGUGUCCAACAGCUCUCAGAGGAAAACCAGGAGCCAUUAGAGAAGAGGAAGAAGAAGAAGAAAAAGAAGAGAUCAUCGACACACUCCAAGAAGCACAAACACAAGAGACGCCGGGAUUCUUCCAUCUCCUGCAGCAGCUCAGACGAGUCGCAGGACAAAGGCUCUGAUCCUGAGGACAAGCCGGUGGAGGGUCAGUCAGAGUCGGACCACUGGCGAGGGCCGGCCCCCGCAGUGGAGGAAAAGUCAAGGGAGGAAGAGUUUGACGAGUACUUUGAAGACUUGUUCCUCUAGAAGACCCCCCGCUGUGAUCCCGCCUCGCCCUCCCCCCCCCACACACACACCAUUCAAGCGCACGGAUUUUUCUUUUGGACCCCUGCAGGAAUAAAUCACUUCAUCCCCG